AUGCACCAAGCGAACCUGGCCCGUAUUAAGGACUUUGAUCCUGCCCCAAAAACAGCAAUUCCCCGUGACGGAAGAGCCGAGGAAGUGGCAAGCGUGGCGGUCUUCUUGCUCAGCGACGAAAGUAGCUACGUGACUGGUGCUGCUUGGAGCGUGGAUGGGGGCGCCAAUGCCUAG